GACACGACAGGAAACGGAAAGUUCGGGUCCAGAGAGACGGAGAGGGAGAGUCCGGGCGCAGAGCGCGCAGCGGCGGGGAGAGGAGAGGUCCAGUGAUGCUGCUGCCGCGGACCUCCGUCCGGUCCGCGCUCCUCAUCCUCCUCCUCCUCUUCAUCCUGCUGCAGACGCCGGGACGCUGCCACGCGGCCGCCCGGCACCGGGGCUCCGCUCCCCGGGCUGAGGCGCGCAGGGGCCUCCACAGCCCGGCGCAGCUGUCCGACCGGUACCGGAGCGGCCCGGUGGGCUUCAGCGGGCACGAAGCGGCGAGUGCGAAACGGCCGAGCCGGUCGAACCACGAAGGUCGCCUCAGCGAUCAGAAGCACAAGGACAAGUUCAUCACACACAUGACAGGUCCUCUUUACUUCAAGCCUCAGUGCCGGAAACAGUUCCACCGCCUGUACAACCACACCAGGGACUGCACGGUCCCCGCCUUUUAUAAAAGAUGUGCUCGUCUGCUGACUCAACUGGCCAAGAGCCCUCGCUGUGCCGAGAGAUAAACAGACCGCGAGACGCCGGUGGACAGGAAGUGGUUUCCCCUACAGCCGGUGGACAGGAAGUGGUCGCCGUACGCCAUGUUGGUUCCCUCUGAUCACCAGCAGUUGACGUCUUGAAGCCAAGAGAAACUUGAUGUCAAAGUUCAAACCGUUCAAAUCCAGCAACAAAGAACAGUCUCCACCGUUCAGAUGAACUCGUUCAGUUCUCUUCUCUCUCUCGGACACACAGACUCUCUGAAUCUUCCACCUCGCGCCUUAAACAGCUGAAAUGUUGAUUCCAGUUGAUCUCCAGAGCAACUGGAACCAGUGGCUUUACUGGUUUCUGAUGGACUGUCUGCACUGGAAACAAACCUGGGACAUUUUUAUCAGAGUUUGACUUGUUUGGACGAUGGACCAGGAGCGGAGUUGAACCACUGAUGACCAAUGAACCUUCAGGGUUCAAAGGUCAUCAGUUCAUUAAAGUAAAGCUAUUCCAAUAUAUUUAUAUUGUUCAAACUGAAUCCCUCUGUGCAAUAUGUACAUACUGAAAGAGGAAUAAAGACACAUUUGAUACGUU